GAAUGGGGGUGGAGAGCUCAGUCUGAUUCUAGUCUGACUGGUAUUGAGAUGAUUAAACGUCUCGUAGCAUCUCACCGUGCACCUUGUGCCGGAAAGCAGCGCCAUGACGACUGUUUUCGACGCGGUUCCAGUGGAUGGCCCCAGAAGAGGAGGCCAGAUGGAAAUCAGGUCACAUGACCGCCUCGACGAGGUGGCGUUGAGCCUGGAAGCGACCGAUGGACCGAGGCGGUGCCCCGGUGAACAGGAGGGUUCCCUGGAGGGCGGAGGAGGAGGGGCAGCCCUGGAGCAGCAGGAGCCUGCGAGGAGCGUAACCCCGGGACAGGGCUGGGCGUCGGGACACGGCAAGGCCAGCGACCCCCAGCAGCAGCUUCCCUGCUGGGUCGGCGGCGAGCGGGGAGCCCCUGGCGACCACCAGGCUGAUAUGGAGGACGCCCAUAACCUGGUGGCCUUCUCCGCCAGUGCGGGUUCCCUACCUCCCUCCUCCUCCUCAGAGCUGCAGCCCCACACCGUCCAGCUGUAUGAGAAGUUCAGCCAGGAGAAGGACGCAGGCGGGGUGGGGGGCCGGACACCUGGGGGGGCCGCGGAGGGGGGCAGCCAGGCCCCCGAGGACCUCAGCACCCUGCAGACAGCCCUGAGCCAGGCCAGGCACGGACACAAGCCCCCCAAUUGUGACUGUGACGGGCCAGAUUGUCCAGACUACCUGGAGUGGCUGGAGAAGAGGAUCCAGCUGUCCGGCCGGGACGGAAAAGGGCCUUGCAAAAUGACCGACGCCCCCCACCAGAUGCAUUCCCAGAAGCCCCACAACCAAGCGCACCCCCACAACCAAGCGCACCCCCACAAUCAAGCUCACCCCAACAACCAAGCGCACCCCCUCAACCAGGCUCACCUCCACAACCAAGCGCACCCUCACAACCAAGUGCACCCCCAGGUGAACGGAGGUAACCCCCCCUCUGGUCCCCAUCAGCAGGCCCCCGGCAGCCUGCACCCCGCCCCCCGCCCAGGCCCCCGCCCUCCCCCCAUCCCCUGCUCCCCCCAGGUCCUCUCCAUUGCCAAGGAGAAGAAUGUCAGCCUGCAGACAGCCAUCGCCAUCGAAGCUCUGACCCAGCUGUCUGCCACCGGCCCCCAGGCCUCGGUGCCCACCGCCCACCACCAUCACCACCCCCACCACCACGGCACUCACCUUCCCCCCUCCUCAUCGCGCUCACAAUCCGUCCCUCCAGGCCUGCAGCCGAGCCAGCAGGCCUGGGAGCAGCACCGGCCCCAGUCCCAGGGCCAGCCCCCCCACGCCUCCCCCCUCCUGCCCCCCACCUCCCCGUACCCCGUGCCAGGGCACCCCCCGGGCCCUCACCCCCCCGGCCAGCAGUGGCUGCUGCAAGGCCCGGAGCAGAGGAGCCAGUGGGCCAUGAUGGCCUCGGACUCCCAGCCCCGCUUCCCCGGUGCCAUGGACCCCAUGUCGGAGCUCAAGCAGCUGCUGGGCGACACGAGCGGGAAGUUCCCCGGCGCCUCCUUCAGGCUGCCCGGCCCCCACCAACACGGCCCGAUCCCAUGCCAGGACAGAGUGAAGCAGGAGGUGGACCUCGGGGACUACCCCGGCUCCGCCUCCAUGAGCCGCUACGGCCUCCCCAACGGGCAGCAGCAGUACCCCGCCCCGCCCCUCUCCCCCGGCAGCGCCGCCAUCCGCUUCUCCACCCAGGCCGCCCUACAGCAGCACCUCCACCACAAGAGGAAUCUCUUCCAGGGCCAGGGGCUCCCAGCCCAGCGGGGGCCCCAGGCUUGUCAGAGCCUGCGGAAGUGGUGGCCCCAGACCUCCCCAGGGCUGGAGGGGCCCCUCCUGCCCCCUGCAGCCAUCAAGCAGGAAGCCAAGGAGCCCAAGAGAAGGAAGAGUAGCCAGGCGUCCCCCCUGGUCAAGCAGGCUGGGGGGGGGCAGGCAGGCCCCCCUGUCCCCAAGCCCAAGCCCAUAGUCAUCAAGAAGACCAAGCAGAAGGCCUCGCUGCCCACCUUCCUGCCUCAGAGUCAGAUUUCCAUCCAGAAACCGUCACCCCUCACUGCGGCCCAGGUCCUGCCCAGCCCAGCCCCAGGUCAUCUACCUUCUCUCUCCCUCAGUAUCCCCCCUCAAGCAGUUCCAGGCCUCCCCGCCCAAUCUCAGGUAUCAAUCCUCCACCCCUCGGUCCCCCCCCUGACUGCUGCUCCCGCUGCCACGUCUGAAACCCCUACGGUCAUCCAAGCCGUCCCUCCGCCCCAGUGUCUGCCCCCCCAGACCCAGGCUAGCUCAGAGGGAGAAGCCCCUGCCGGCACCCCCACCACGACACCUCAGACCUCCAUACCUCCGUCCGCCACCUCGCAGAUACCGGGCCUCUCUUCCCUGGACCCCAAGUUCGAGGAGUUGAUCCGCCAGUUCGAAGCCGAGUUCGGGGACGAGACCCCCGCGUCCGAACCCUGUCCUCCUCUGAGCCACCCCCCGGGGCAGAGCCCCCCGUCGGCCCAGCCGGGAGAGAGUCUGCAGUCCCAGCCUGGUGUUCACGCUAACUCAGGACCCGACAGGCCGGCGUCCACGCCCAGCGCCCAGCCUGCACCCCCCCCUCCUCCUCCUCUAGCAGGGCAGGAGAUGGAAGUGGACCAGAAGCAGAACGAGUCAGGGACUCAAAGUGAAGCAGCGCAUCCCGGCACCAACGAGAGCCCCUCGGACGAGCUGCGCGAGGGGACCCAUCCCCUCGCCCUGCGCCAGGAAGCUCCCACGGAGCAGCACCCGGUAAAAGAGGAGCCCUUCACCGUCCCCCUCUCCCCGUUUCCCAAACGCAUGAAGAUCGAGGGAUCGGGAGGAGUGACCGUGCUCUCCACCACCUGCUACUCCGAGGAGGACACCCCCACCAAGGAAGACUUCCCCUGCAGCCCCUCCCUCCGAGGCUUCCUCGAGUCCCCGAUGAGGUACCUGGACACCCCCACCAAGAGCCUGCUGGACACCCCCGCCAAGGACGCCCAGGCGGAGUUCCCCGUCUGCGACUGCGUCGAGCAAAUCCUGGAGAAAGAUGAAGGGCCGUACUAUAAUCACCUUGGCUCAGGGCCAACUGUGGCCUCCAUCAGAGAACUGAUGGAGAACAGGUAUGGAGAGAAAGGACCUGCUGUCCGUAUUGAGAAGGUGCUCUACACGGGCCGAGAGGGGAAGAGGCUCUCAGGGAUCCCCAUCGCCAAAUGGGUGAUCCGUCGUAGUGGCCUCACAACAGAGAAGCUGCUGUGUCUGGUGCGUCACCGGGCGGGUCACCACUGUGCCAACGCCGUCAUCGUCAUCCUCAUCAUGGCAUGGGAAGGCGUCCCCCAGGCGCUGGGUGACAAGCUGUACCGCGAGCUCUCCGAGACCCUCACCAAGUACGGCAACCCCACCAGCCGGCGCUGCGGCCUGAACGAUGAUCGUACGUGUGCGUGUCAAGGCAAGGACCCGGACACCUGCGGGGCCUCCUUCUCUUUCGGCUGCUCCUGGAGCAUGUAUUUCAACGGCUGCAAAUACGCUCGCAGUAAAAUACCACGCAAGUUCAGACUGCAGGGAGACCGGCCAGAACAGGAGGACAAACUCAGGGAUAACUUCCAGGAACUAGCGACAGAGGUGGCUCCUCUGUACAAGCAGCUAGCCCCGAAGGCAUACAGCAACCAGUGUCAGAACGAACAGACGGCCACCGACUGCAGACUGGGCCUGAAGGAGGGGAGGCCCUUCUCAGGGGUCACGGCCUGCAUGGACUUCUGCGCCCACGCCCACAAGGAUCAGCACAACCUCUACAACGGGUGCACGGUGGUGUGUACUCUGACCAAGGAGGACAACCGCAAGGUGGGCGAGCUCCCGGAGGACGAGCAGCUCCACGUCCUGCCCCUCUACAAGGUGUCUCACACCGACGAGUUCGGCAGCGAGGAGAACCAGCGGCUCAAGAUGCGGACGGGCGCCAUCCAGAUGCUGAACGCCUUCCGGCGCGAGGUGCGGAAGCUUCCGGAGCGCGCCAAGUCGUGCCGUCAGCGGCGGCUGGAGGCCAAGGCCAAGGCCUCGGAGAAGAAGAAGGGCAAGCUGCAGGGUGGCGACACGCCCGGCAAGACUGAUGUCAUCAGAGCCGAGGUCACACUCACUGGCACACCUCAAACACCGCUAGGCAAUACAGCGAUCCCUAAACAGGAAGUGAAGCCCACCAUCAAGAAGGAAGCAUUCAUUAAGAAGGAGCCCUUCAACGGAGCCCUCCCCGAGGGUUACCCCGGCCAGGGGCCAGAGCCCUACGGAGUCUACCCCCACCCUGCUCACCCAGCCUACUAUGCCAGGGGGGGCCUCCCCCCCGCGGGCCAGCACCCAGCUCCGGGCGCCGUCAACGGCUACCACCCCAAUCUACCGGCACUACCCUACGGGUACUUUAACUACCCCCCCAAUGCACUUUUCCCCCCGGAGCUCAUGGGCUACGACGGCCGCAGCGGGCCGUGGCCCAAAGUGGGGGUCAAGGCCGAGCCCCUGGACCAAAAGCCCGACGUCCAGGGGCUGCAGGCCCGCCUCGCCCACCCCUACGCCAGCCACCCCGAGCCGCAGCACCCCGCCCACCAGCACAUCCAAUCGCGGCCCUCGUCCGUCUCCUCCGAGGCCUCCCACCGAGGCACCCCCGUCAUCAAGCCAGAGCCCGUGGACGUCACCGUCUACGAGGGCUCCAGCCGCACCGCCACGCCCAGCUCCACGCCGCAGCCAGAUGCCUGGCCCGCCCACAAGCCCAACGGCGGCAUCCUGCCCGGCGGCUGGGACGGGAGCGGCCAGGUGACCGCCGGCGCCGCCAACCCCCCCUUCCCUCAAGACCGGCAGCAGCCCUCACCCUACCUCCAGCAUCAGCAGUGGAACUCCUACCCGGGCCCCAACACCCCCAUGGCCUCUCCCGCCCCCUCGCCCUCCCCCGCCAUGAAGGCAGCCCCCUCCCCGACCUCGUCACCACAACCAGGCACCCCCCGUCACUGGGACAGCCUCGCCCCCAGCCCUCAGCCCAAGGCCUGGCCCCCUGCAGCCUAUAGCCCUGCCCUGAAGCACGGCCAGCCGGCUGGAGCCUUCCCCGACAAGAUGUGGUCGAAGGCGGGCGAGAGCCGGAGCUCCACCCCCCUGGGGGUGCAGGAGAAGGCGUGGAGGUCGUGCGGGGGCUCGGUGGCCGGCAGCACGCCGUCCCCGGCCCCCGAGGGCCGCCUGUUCCCGGACGCCCUGCAGCAGACGGCAGACGGCUGCUGGGACGCCAACCGCGCCGAGAGCGACGCGGAGAGCGUGCGGGGCCAGGACGACGACGAAGUGUGGUCGGACUCGGAGCACAACUUCCUGGACCCCAACAUCGGCGGGGUGGCGGUGGCGCCGGCCCACGGCUCCAUCCUGCUGGAGUGCGCCCGCAGGGAGCUGCAUGCCACCACGCCCCUCAAGAAGCCCAACCGCUGCCACCCCACGCGCAUCUCCCUGGUGUUCUACCAACACAAGAACCUGAACCAGCCCAGCCACGGCCUGGCCCUCUGGGAGGCCAAGAUGAAGCUGCUGGCCGAGCGGGCAAGGGAGCGCCAGCAGGAGGCGGCGCUGCUGGGCCUCUCCCAGGAGGAGAUCAAGGCCUACGGGAAGAAGAGGAAGUGGGGGGUGACGGGCGGCGUGGGCGCGGGGGCCAGCCCCGGCCAGGCCAAGGACAAGAAAGAGGGGCCGGCGACGCGCUCGGCGCCCACCCUCCACACCACCUCCACGGUCACGUCCGCUCCCUACGCCUGCACGCAGCUCACCGGGCCCUACAGCCACUUCGUCUGAGGACGGACACUGAGUCACGGGGGCUGGGGGGGACCAGGGAGGGGUCUGUCGGUCCUCCUGCCCCCCCCCCCCCUCCCCAGGGGGCUCUCUCAGCCCGGCUCUUUUCUCUCUCUCUGCGUGGUCAGAUGGAGGACAGAGGGGGGGUUUUCUUGUGUUUUUACCUCAUGUCAGGCAGCAGUUUGGAACUGACCCUGGGCAGACCCUGCCUGUGGUGCUUGUCCUCCCCCACUAAAGGGACGGACUCCAUAGCUUCUCCUUCUUCAUAGAAUUUUAAUGAUCCUAAUUAUUGCUAUUAUUAUCAAUAUUAUUAUGAUUGCUAUUGUUACUGUCAAUGUUGUUAUUACAGGUGUUGUUAUUAUUAUUAUUAUUAUUAUGAUGAGGAAAUCUCUUUCGUUUUUUUUUUUACAUUGUUGUUUUCAUUAAUGUUAUUAUUAAUGAUGUGAUUGUUUAUGUUAGUUUUUUAAUCGAGAGUCAACCCGACUCUUUUUUUUUACCAUGUUUGUGGAAAAGUAUGGUUUUACCUUCGUUUUCUUCGGCCUUUGUCAAUCUUGUUCCCGGUGGUUUGGUGUGGGGGAAGGGGGGGGGGUCUCUCUCCGCACAGCAAGGCUCAAACACCAGACUCCUGCCACCGCGCAGCAAUCUGACCCACACGACGGGAGCAGUCCCGCUGCUCCCAGCGAGUGCUGUGAAGCGACCUCACCUUGGUUCCGUCAGGUUGUCGCCACACCUCAGACAGCUUACAUCUCAAGACCCUCUCUCUAACUGCUCGCCUUGCUGUGACGAGACAGGCUCCUCCUCCUCCUCCCUCCUCGUCCAAUCGUCAACCCAUCCCACUGGUGCUUCGCCCCCCCUCCGUCCCCUUCCCAGGAAAGUCUCUCCCUUCCUGUCAGUCCUGUGUAGCUUGUUGUUGACUAAGGGUACUCGUCACUCGUUGACAGAGAGACCCCCGCCAACAGACACCAGGAGAGGGUCCUCAUCUUCCCAGGGCUGUCCAGGCAGUUCUCUCUCUCGAGGAGAACUUCUCCCUGUCGCCUCUAGAGGGCAGUCCUGAUUUCUGUUCAAAUGGUGCAUAGUACACGACACACAUCCGCAAACACAGGCACGUUUGUGAGCUCAUGUGAACCAGCAUUGAGCCCUACCUUUCCUCGCGAGCCCAGAGGGAGCUCAGGUCCCCGGCCACAGGUCAAUGUGAACUUCUGGUCCACACUGGUAUCGUGAGGCACAUGGAUGGUGGUGAAUGGACAGCUUAUGGUGCUUCGAAACACCCUGGUGCUUUCCCUACACACACACACUAACGAAAAGGUGCGCCGUGCGAUUGCGUUCCCGCGGAGCUCCGCGUGUCUGCGGUUCGUACGCUGUCUACACUGAGCCAGCGACCCGCCGCGGCUGCUCGGCCCCGCUCAGCCAUCACGCUUCCUUUAGUGACCUUUCAAUGUGGAUUUCUCACCCCGAGGGCCAAGCUGAUUCCGUCCCUCAUGUUUCUGCACUAUUACGCUCGAACCUGUCCCCAACACUUGUGGCCUUUAUAAGUCCUGGCCAGGAAGUACCGCCCGGAAGUGUCAGAGAUGUGCUUCUGCGUGCAGGCUAGAGGUUCGAGUCUAGAGGCAGGCUUUAAGCUCGAGGCAGGUUGGAGGCUAGAGGCAGGACUGCAUGGUGGGGUCAGAGGGUCAAGGGAGGACUAGAGGCUAGUUAGUUGGUGCUAAACGGAAUGGUCCGCUGUUGAUCCCACCUCUUGGGGCUCCACGUUCUCAUCCUGUGGCUUCAUCUAGUGCACAGUACGCGUGAGUUUGUGUGGGUGUGAGAGAGAGCGAGGGAGAGAGAGCGAGGGAGAGAGAGCGAGCGAGCGAGAGAGAGAGAGAGAGAGAGAGAGAGAGAGAGAGAGAGAGAGAGAGAGAGAGAGAGAGAGAGAGAGAGAGAGAGAGAGAGAGAGAGAGAGAGUGAGUGCUGGCGUGUUCAGCAUGUGAAUGUGUGCACUGCUCAUCGGGGGACGUUCGGGGGGUGAUGGCGUGGGCUUCUCUGAUGCUUAACUCUGAUGAGCCCUGGUGCUUUCGAGGGUUUCUAUACCUCAUGUUGUAGAGACACUGGUCCCAGUCACAAUACGCUACCCACACGAUGGAGACACUGAGCGCAGAGGAACGUGCUUUCUGCAUGCUCCACAGUACAUACUCAUUUGAAUCCACUUUUUAAUUCUUAUUUAUUAUGAUGAUGAUAAUUAAUGAUGAUUGUCGUUGAUGUUUUUGUUUUUUGAUAGAGCUAGUACAAAUUGUACAUAGAGAAGAAAAGAUUUUAUAAAAGCACUUUUAAUCUUGAUUUUAAUGGGGGGGAAAAAGAGCCGAUUAUUGACAACUUGAAGCUUAUUUUUUGUUUAGUUUUUCUUCAGAGAGAGAGAGAGAGAGAGAGAGAGAGAGAGAGAAAGGAAGAAAAAAAAUGUAAAUAUUGAAAUAUUUAGGUAAGAUUAUUUAACUGGUGAGGAAUUACGACUAAAUCAUGAAUGAGUCCAGGAGAUACAGCCCAGUUGCUUUGCCAGACAGUGGAAGGACAACACUUGAUACCCAUGUGUUCUUGUGUCUGUAAAUUUGUAUUUAAUUAAACUGCUCUCCUUCUUCAAUAAGUACUGUAUCUCUGUCAGCAUAUACCUCUGACAGCAGCAAGAAGCCCCCCUCGUCCCUCCCCCUCACCCCCAAGCUAGUCACCUAAUUAGACAACCGUUAGCAAGCUAUCCAUGUAUGACUAUAACAGCCUGCGUGGUCCGGUGUUCUGAAGGGCAAUCUUUAACCGGACAACACGCCCUCUCUGUUGUUUCACAGAAGCUCUGCAUCAACACUCUUAUCAGCGAGCCCAGAGGAUAACUUCACCCAAGGGGGAUGUCUGUGGGUUUGGUUGAAAGCCCGUAGGCAUUCAGGAGCAUGUGCAGAUCAUCUGUGCUGUGAAGCCCCUCCCUCCUGGAGCAGAGGCAGUCUGGGAGGGCGGGAUUUCAGAAGGGAGAUGGAUGCUUGCAAUCUUGUCAGAUGUGUUCGACUAUCAGGUGAACGGCCACACGUUUUAGAGGUGCUUGGUGCUUACUACUGUCAGAUGUUGGAUUAACAGUAUGAAAGAACUGUUAACUAAACCAACGACUGAACAUGUGUGGUACCAGAUAAAUAUGUAUUCCAUAGCAUUUUAGGGAAAACCCUCAGAAAUGACAGUUAGUUAGUUUGCCAUUGUCUCUUGGUAUGUGUCUUAGACAGUCACAGACUUGACUAUCAGGACUGGGAAACUGGUAAUAAUGCUCUUUGUUUAAAUCCUCAUGCUCUGGUUGCAAACGCCCUUUUUAUAACAACAUUGCAUGAGCCACAUUACACAUAGAUCCAGUCAUAUUUAUGAUCUGUGUAAUAAUAGGUGCUGAUCAUAUACUGUAAUUAAUUGUUUUUAAUUUUGUACAUUUCUAUAUGAGUCUGAGGUUACCAGUGCCCCGAAACAGUUCCCCCUGCACACACACUGAGGGGAAUUAGGUGCUAUGGUGGACUCCCCUCCAGUGUAAUGUGGAAAAAAAAGGGGGGGGUUGGGGGUCAAAGUGCGGUGGGGGGGAAUGAUUAUCGCUGAUAUUUUUCUGAGCUCUUAGAAUGUUAAGAGAACUAUUCCUCUGAGUAAGACGGGUUUUCCGUCGAGUGGAAAACCGCUCUGGUGCUGAUCAUGUGGGGAGUGCUACCCCUGCCACGUGCAUCAAGGCUAUCCAGCGCUCUAGAUCUAAACUCUCUAGAGAAGCACUCGGAACAGUACUGUUCUACGUCAUCACGGUUUAUCCUCACCGUCUCCAGGUACUUGAAAAUAAAUCUGUUCUUAUCUUCAUGACGAGUGGAGAUUGACGUGAACCGACUGUGAUCUUGGGUAAUUUGUUGCACUGUCGUGUACCAUUGAGAAGCUAGUAAAAUGCUCUUUGAGAAUGCUGUACACCUUAUAUAGCAGGAGGAGGAUAUUAAUAUAUAACCCUAAGAGCAUAGCAAUUACCUUCCCUGUGUUUAUCGUUAAGGAAUAUUCCUCUUUCCUUACUUCCUCAUCCCUUAUCGGACACCUAACAUCCUACUCUCUCUCUCUGUCACUCACACACACACACACACUUACGCAUGCACACACACACACACAUGAUCUAAAUGAAUACCCCACUCUCAGCACUGCUGUUUGCCGGUCACUUGAUUUUGUCCACUUUCCAAAGUAAGGAUCCAAGCUUAUACUGUGUUUUUCUCCAUACAGGAAGACAGCAAACACAACUGGCAGCUACAUUCCUAUUUGAGUUGAAGAUUGUUUUUGGUUAAAUUUUUUCAUGUCAAGUAUGCAGUAUGUAAAAAAAGUGUUUUUGUUCAGUCUUUCUCUUUGUAGCUGUAUGGUGUAUUAUGUGAAUACAUAGUGUGUGUGGUACAAUCCACAAUAUUGUUUUAUGUUGCGCGAUAAUUAAUAAAACAUGAACAUUUAAAA